AUGGAACACAUUACUUUGGAAGAUGUGCCGUAUCCUGUUUAUCAAGAAGUAUUGCAUAAGGUAAAUGUUUUGGGUGUAUCCUUAAGUGGGGCCCCAUUAAGACAUUCAAGAUUAAAGUGGCAAUUAAGUGAAAAGCAACAGCUGAUCCAAGCUGACAAAUACAGGGUUUUCUAUGUAUGUUUGUUGAUGUGUUGUACUUGUAUAUGAGAACUUCUUUUUUUACAGCUUGCUAAUUUUCCAGAAGACAGAUUGGAUGAAUUUACUCAGUCAGAUAACCAUCUUAACAUAUGUGACUUGCUUUUCUCUGCGGGUUAUCCACACUUAACUAUCUCGCCGGAGAGACGACAGCUUGCUUUCGAAUGCUGCUUGCAGUACGAGGUUAUUACCAAGAGGAUAACUACCUUGGAUGAUAUGAGAAAGGGCUUGCAGGGUGUUAAAGUGUGGGGAAACACAAUUCUUGCAUUGUUAGAAAGGUGGCCAGAUUUAAAGGAAAAGUUGUUUCCAAGGAAAAGUCAAAAUUCAAUCGAUCUCUGUGAGUUUACUGCCUGCAUCGAAUUUCAAAUUGGCGAUUUUGCAUUAGCAAACAAAACGAGAGAUUACUUUGAAAAAUAUGUGGAUGAGUUAAAUGAAAGAGGUGGUAAGUAAUCAUAACGAUAACAUAUUUUUAUGAUACCGAUUGCUACAUUGUAGUUCAGCCUUUCAGUGUUUCCAUAAAAAUAGUCUGUCUUAACUACUGCUUAACCACAUUUUGAGUAGUUAAAUUGUAGUUAAAUCUAAAACAAAUUAUUCUGAUUGGACAAUUAACUCUUGCACUUAUCUAUAGUUACCUAUAUCUACCUAUUUAUACAACUGGCCCCAUGCAAUCAAAUUAGGAAAUAUGUAAUAGAGAUCUUUACCAUACUUGCUUUUUUGCAAUGAAAAAAUAUCAAGUUUAAAAUCAAUGUUGAUAAUAAAAUUUUUUUCUCUUUUUUCUGACAUCUCAUAUUAUCUUGAAAUUAUCUAAAUUUCUGCCAGCUUUAGUGUACUCAAUAUUAUGUAAUGAAACUUUUUAUUGAAAUAUUAAAGCAAAUGUAGUUUUAUAUUGUAGUAAGGCAAGUGUGAUAUGCCUUAAUCUUUAUUACCUUGUAGAUUCUGGCAAUGAAGAAAGGUUACAUGAUCUGGUACUGUUUUGGACUGGUUUUUCUUCCCUACCAUCGAAUUCAUCGGAAAAGCUGUGGUAA